UCGCUGCUUCGCCCUCUGCGCUCUCUCUCCCUCCCCCUCUCUUUCUCUCUCUCUCUCCAAUUCUGUCGUCACCUCUGAUUUGAUCGGUAGAUUUUGGUCGAAAAUGAAUUCCCAUCAUUUGCUUCUUGAGGAGCCUAUAAGGAUGGCUUCAAUUCUCGAGCCAUCAAAAUCAACUUUCUUUGCUGCGAUGACAAAGAUUGUUGGGACACUUGGUCCAAAAUCGCGCACUGUUGAGAUCAUUUCUGGUUGUUUGAACGCAGGGAUGUCUGUGGCACGGUUUGACUUUUCAUGGGGUGAUGCUGAAUAUCAUCAAGAGACAAUAGAUAAUCUGAAAACAGCAGUCAAAAGCACCAAGAAGCUAUGUGCGGUUAUGCUUGAUACAGUGGGUCCAGAGUUGCAAGUAGUAAAUAAAACAGAGCAUCCAAUUUCCCUUCAGGCAGACACAUCUGUUGUCCUAACACCAGAUCAAGCCAAAGAAGCCACUUCAAAUCUGCUACCUAUUAAUUUUACUGGCCUAUCAAAGGCAGUGAAGAAGGGAGAUACUAUUUUUAUUGGUCAAUACUUGUUUACAGGAAGUGAAACUACUUCUGUGUGGCUCGAGGUCACUGAAGUAAAUGGUGAAGAUGUGGUUUGUCUUAUAAAGAAUUCUGCAACCUUGAGUGGGCCAUUGUACACUUUACAUGUUUCUCAAAUUCGUAUUGAGCAGCCUACCCUCACUGAUAAAGAUAAGGAGGUCAUUAGCACAUGGGGUGUACGAAACAAUAUAGACUUCCUCUCAUUGUCAUAUACUCGGCAUGCAGAAGAUGUUCGCCAAGCCCGAGAGUUUCUUUCUAAACUUGGAGACCUUUGUCAAACUCAAAUUUUUGCGAAAAUUGAGAACAUAGAGGGAUUGACUCAUUUUGAUGAAAUCCUUCAAGAAGCAGAUGGUAUCAUCCUUUCUCGUGGAAAUUUGGGUAUAGAUCUCCCACCAGAGAAGGUAUUUCUAUUUCAAAAAGCUGCUGUAUACAAGUGCAACAUGGCUGGAAAGCCUGCUGUGGUAACUCGUGUUGUCGACAGUAUGACUGACAAUUUGAGGCCUACUCGUGCUGAAGCAACUGAUGUUGCCAAUGCAGUUUUGGAUGGCAGCGAUGCAAUUCUUCUAGGUGCAGAGACCCUGCGGGGAUCGUACCCUAUUGAGACCAUUUCAAUCGUCGGAAGAAUUUGUGCUGAGGCGGAGAAAGUUUACAAUCAAGAUUUGUAUUUCAAGAAGACUGUAAAAUAUGUUGGAGAACCAAUGAGCCAUUUAGAAUCUAUUGCUUCUUCUGCGGUACGUGCUGCUAUCAAGGUGAAGGCUUCUGUCCUUAUAUGCUUCACUUCAACAGGAAGAGCUGCAAGGUUGAUCUCAAAGUAUAGGCCAACAAUGCCUGUGAUAUCUGUUGUUAUCCCUCGACUUAAGACAAAUCAACUACGUUGGACCUUCACUGGUGCUUUUGAGGCAAGGCAGUCACUAAUUGUAAGAGGACUUUUUCCCUUACUCGCAGAUCCUCGACAUCCAGCUGAAUCUACAAAUGCGACAAAUGAAUCAGUUCUGAAGGUUGCUUUAGAUCAUGGCAAGGCAAUUGGUGUUAUAAAGUCACAUGAUCGCGUUGUUGUUUGCCAGAAGGUUGGUGAUGCAUCAGUGGUAAAGAUCCUUGAGCUUGAAGAUUAAAAGCAAGCCUUUGCCGAAGUUGUGGGUAGGAAACCUGGAGAAUGUGUAUUCCUCGUUUUAUGGUACUAAAUAAUUGAACUAGUAGACAAGGGAAGAUUUCUCUUUGUUGUGCCUUAAUUGGUUGUAUGGAAGAUCAUUCUCAUGUCCUACAUGUUUGUUACAUAUUUAGCCAAUGAAAAGGACAUUUACAAGUACCAAUUGUGGUGCAAGGAAAUUACAUGUUCAAUAACUUGGAGUC